AUGUCCUUGAAGAUUUCAACAUUUCUUCAAACGAUAUUAAGCACCGUCGCAGUGCUAACUCUCGCCUGCCUCGGCUUACUCUUCACCUGGCCGUACCUUCUUCCUCUUACCUCUACCAUACCAUCUUUUCAAUCAAACACUGUGUCAACUGCUCCAAGUCCCAGCCUUAACCUAUACCAGUUUCACACAUCCAAAGAGUUGGAAGAUCUGUCUACAGCCGGAGAUGCUGCCUGGCAACAACUGACAACGACAAACGAUGGCGGGUUCCUUUGGGUUCGCCAUAACGAGACAUACCGGACAGGAUGGGGAAUCAGCAUGUUCCACUCGUUACAUUGCCUCGGUCUGCUACGAGAAACUGUGAAGACAAAAUCCAAUCACGGCACUGGCGACAAUCAUCACGCUUCCCAUUCAGAUGCGGCGCACGCAGGCCAUUGCCUAUCAUAUAUUGCACAAUCACUCCUUUGUUCGGCGGAUGGAACGCUCGAAAGGCCGAAGAGCAUUCUCGACAAGAAUGGCGACAUCCUUCGGGAUGAUAUCAAUGGUGAAGGUGUUGAGCACCGUUGCAGAGAUCAGAGCUUGUUAUGGGAAUUAGCGCGCCGGACAGAACAAGAACCUAUCGGCGUAAUGCCUCAGGCGAGACCUGGAGAUACUGUUUGGGAUUUGUUUAAUUAG